AUGAAACUCGCAGUUGCUGUAUUGUCAUCGAUCUUGCUUGCAUGCUCGGUUACUAUUGCCAAUCCAGUUAAACCCAGUGUAACUACAGAUGUUGAAUCUAGCACCUCGCCAACUCCUAAUCCAAACGGUAUAGGUUUAGGUGGUCUUGAUCCACUUCCAGAUAGCAUCAAAGAAUUGCUCGAAAGAUACAAGAAAGGAAAGCAUGAUCUUAAUCAGCAAAAAAAAUAUGCGACCCGUUACAAUCUGAAUAUGACAGCCAGAUUAUGCUGGCUUGAUCUUAAAGCCCAAGAAUUCAAACUUAGGGAUAUUAGAAAAAGUCGCAAGGAGUGCGAUUCCAAAUGUAAUGGUAUUGAAGCUGCAAUAAGUCACAUCAAAAUGAGCCUCGUGGAUCUCAUUUUCGGAGAAUCUUCGAAUUAUGAAUUAUUUGAACAGCAAAUUGAUCUUAUCAACAAGCACCCUUCCGUUGUAGAGUACCUUGACAAAUUAUCAUUAGAAUACAGUGAGAUUCCUGGUCAAAGCUCUAGUGAUCAACAGCGUCAAGAACCGCAACCAUCAUCAAGUAGACCAUCUGGAUCUGGAUCCUCUAGACAGAAAGCUCCCUCCAAUAAACGGAAAAGGGUUUCCAAGCUUAUGGGUAAUGCUGGAUCAUUUUUUCAGCAACCCAAAGAUGACGAUCCAUCCGUUUGA